GAUUGACAAUCGCCUGCGGACAGCGCAGGACGGCAGUUAUCGAUAGUGCCGAUUGCAUACCUGGUAUCAUCGUCUUCGCUACAAUAUUUGCCUUUACCGGUUCAGCUGCAUUGCAAAAGUCAAUCAAUUUGCGUAAUUAUUAACAAUUUAGCAAAAUGAGCAGCUCCGAGGAAGUCUCCUGGGUCACCUGGUUCUGUGGACUUCGUGGCAAUGAGUUCUUCUGCGAGGUGGAUGAGGACUACAUACAGGAUAAAUUCAAUUUAACUGGUUUAAAUGAGCAGGUGCCCAACUAUCGGCAAGCAUUGGACAUGAUCUUGGACUUGGAGCCGGAGGACGAGCUCGAGGACAAUCCCCUGCAGUCCGACAUGACCGAGCAGGCCGCCGAGAUGCUCUACGGCCUCAUACACGCCAGAUAUAUACUAACAAAUCGCGGCAUCGCUCAAAUGAUCGAGAAAUAUCAAACUGGCGAUUUCGGACAUUGUCCACGUGUCUACUGUGAAAGUCAGCCCAUGCUGCCAUUGGGUCUGUCGGACAUCCCCGGCGAGGCAAUGGUGAAGACCUAUUGCCCUAAGUGCAUUGACGUGUACACACCAAAAUCGUCGCGCCAUCACCACACCGAUGGCGCCUAUUUCGGCACUGGAUUUCCACACAUGCUCUUCAUGGUGCAUCCCGAAUAUCGUCCCAAGCGUCCUACUAAUCAGUUUGUUCCAAGGCUGUAUGGCUUUAAAAUACACAGCUUAGCUUAUCAAAUUCAGCUGCAGGCAGCAGCCAAUUUUAAAAUGCCACUACGAGCGCAACGUGGUCAGCCGCCCAAGGACGAAGAGCCUGAGAACAAUGCCGAUACGGUGCCCAAGCGCCUCUAAGCGCAAGCAGUGCAGCCAAGCAGUCCAGCAGCCGAUACACUCACACACUCACCCACACAGAUGCAGAUACACACACACAUACAGGGCGGCCCACAGUGAGGAAAACAAUUUGGAGAUAGACAGGAAGGACCAACAUCAAAAUCUUCAACGCUGGAUCCAAAAACUAAUCCACAACUAAUCACCAGUUAAACACAUACAGACACACACACACACACACAGUUAGCUCCUGUUCGAAAAAAGAAGGAAAGUAGGAUCAGGUGCAGUGUGUUCAGAGUUUUGAACGCAGUGGUAAAAAUUAAUCUAAUAACCAGUGCGAAAUUGAGUAAUGCAUUAUUAUUCCAUUGUUUUGUAGUUUUUGAUCCCUAACUAAUUCUAAGCUAUGUGUUUCUUUCCUAUUUACUAUUCGAGUGCAUCAAAUGUGCUACUUUCAAGUGGACGCACUUCAAAUACCAAACUAUUUAUACUUGUAUUUUUAAUAUUUCAUGUUGUGUUUAAGAAUUUUCAGAAAUUGUUUCUGAAUUGACAGUUAUUAGAUUACUUUUUACUCUGGUCACACUGAACAGGUGUCGUCAACUAUAUUCUUUGCAUUUUAUUUAUUAAGUGAAAUGAAAGGGGCUAAACCGAUUUAGAUAUAUUGUAACUUUAAAAUAUUUAGUCAAGUGGCCGUAUACCCACCUUUGUUCCCCCAUUUCCAAUUCUUCCCUCCCGCCCGCAAAGAGCCCAAUUCGAUUUCGAAUCGCCCAGUCUGUUUGCAUCCUCUUCAAUGCGUACUACUUCAAAAACUUGCAUAUGUAUAUCGAAAGCUGAAUGCAGUAAAUCUACAACAACAAUAAGAACAGUAAACAAAAACCAAAAACUGAACGUGAGCCGAAUUCGAAUUCGAAAUCGUUCGGCGUUCCCUUUUUUCGAAAUCUGAGAGUGCAUAUACUUAUAUAGAAAUACAUAUACAUAUAACAUAUAAACAAUAUACCGUUAGCUUAUUUAUAUAUGUACACACACACACAAACAUACACACACACAUCCAGAACUGUUCCCAAAUUCGAAUCGGGUUUAAAUUGAGCGAAACCGGAAAUUCAGUUGUUUUCACUUCCCAACGAAGCCAAGAAAUUGAAAAGAUUUUCGAUGGAGUCAAAAUCGCCGCUCUUCCGAGUUCGUUAAAUUCAAGAUCAAAUGCGAAAACGAGAACAGAACUGAUAUUUAAAACAAACAAGAACAACAACAAACAAAACGGAAACCAACAAAAUAUUUUAUGUAUUUUUUUAAUGUAUUUAAGAAUAAUUAAGAUUAAAAAAAGAGACAAAAAACGAGAGAAAACUGUUGGCGUAAGAUGAUAAUGCAGUUAUCGCAGGAAUUAUAUUGCAAAAAGCAAAGAUAAGGUCAAUAUGUUGCGCAAGGAAAUGAAAUAAUGAUGAUGCAUUUCGAUGCCAGCGAAUGGGGAGAAAACAAUAAAGAUGAAGAAAAACAACAAA